AUGGAAAUUAUUGAUCGAGCAAUAAUAUGCGGUUUAAUAAUAUCAGUUCCUUUAUUGGUUACUUCUGCUAGCAGAUUAAUACCAUUUUUCCAAAAUAAAGGUUUAAUUGAUGAUGACAUUUGGCCAGAGUUUAUGAUGACCGCAAUUCCAUUUAUAACUUUUAUAACAUUUGGAACAACUUCAGCAAUAAGAAGGCAAUUACCAACAUCGUCGCCAAAAACACCAUCAUCUGUUCUUACAAAAACACCAAAUUCAAUAACUUUUCCAUCAUCAUUUAAUAAUCAUGACUACAAUUAUGAUAGUAACAACAAUUACAACAAUUACAACGAUCACAAUAACGACAAUAAUCCAUCAACUAUGGUUACGUCAACAUUCAGUAAUCGAGUUAACGCAACGACGGAUCCAUUUAUUAAUCGUCGUAAACAACCACCUUUACAAUUAAACAUCCAUCAGAAUAAUCGCAGUGGUGGAAGCAGUAGCAGUAAUAACAAUAAUAUUAGUCGCGUUGAUAGUAUCUCUAAAAGAAUCGAUAAAAAUGCAAUAUCAAAAAGAGACUACGACCAUUCAAGUUUAUUGGCAAGAGCGAUGUCAGGAAAAUCUAUUUUGAAACUUAUCGAUGAUGUGGAUGAUGAUGAGUUGAAAGAAAGGAAUGAAAACGGUGGCAGCGGCAGCAAGAGCAGUGAUGACAAUAAUACAAAUGCUACUUUUUCUAAUAGCAAUAAUAAUAAUGGUGCAAUGAAAAUAUUAACUGAAGGCACUACUUUUAAAAUAGUUGAUAAUUCACGACAAUCCUCACCUGAAGCUAUAAUACAAAUACCAACAAUUAAUAUUACAAAAGCAUCCCUAGCAAUAAAUCAAAAUUGUCAAUUAAUUAUUGAUCGACCUCCAAGUUUUUAUUUUUUGAAUGAUGAAAAUGCGUUUGGUAAAAGCAGAACUAGUAGCAGAAAUAGCGGCAACAGAACCAGUAUCAGAACCACCAGUAAUAGUAGCCAACGAUAUAAUUCACAAUACUCUGAUAAAUAUUCACUUUAUAGUAAUGAUGAUAACAGAAAUAGUUUUAGAUCAACCUCCUCUUUUAUUAGCUAUAAUGGUAGUGGAAAUAAUUUGCCGUCAACGCCUUCUUUUGGACCUCCUAAAAGAAUCCAAUCCAGUCUUAGAAUUCAAGUUAACAUUAAUGAUACUGACAACCAACUUUCAUCGUCACCAACAUCUUUAACGCCGCGAACAAACAUCUUCAAUGCUGACAAGUCAAAAAACAAAUAA